GCGCCGCGGACAUGGUGGGGCAAGAAGCGUGGGGCGUCCAGGGAGGCGCCUACGAACGCCUCCGGCCUUUCAGCCGAAAGAAAUGCAGCCCUGAAGAAAGUGCGUCCUUUCUCAGCAAGAUAACAUAUUCCUGGUUCAGCAGAGUUAUAACUUCAGGCUAUAAGAAACCAUUGGAAAGGGAGGACCUGUUUGAGCUAAACCAAAGUGAUUCAGCCUAUGUUGUAUGUCCAGAUUUUGAAAAGCAGUGGAGAAAGGAAAUUUUUAGGUCAACCAAGGACAUACAGGCUCCUGCUUAUAAAGAUGUUAGAGAGACGCCAGUUUCUCAAAAGCCAUCUCUUCUUUCCCCACUGUGGCAAACAUUUAAAUUUUUAUUGAUCAAAGUCACUCUUCUCAAAGUUGCAGCUGAUAUGUUGGCUUUUACAAGUCCACAGAUUAUGAAAAAGAUGAUUCUACAGUUUGAGCAUCAUUCUGGUUCAUACUGGAAUGGUUAUGGGUAUGCAGUUGGUCUUUUUCUUGUGGUUGCUCUUCAGACACUUAUCCAUCAGGUUUAUCAACGUUUUAACAUGCUUACCGCUGUCAAAAUUAAGACUGCAGUUGUUGGACUUGUAUACAAAAAGGCCUUAAAUUUAUCCAGCUCUUCGCGACAGAAAUACACAACUGGGGAAAUAGUUAACUUGAUGUCAGCCGAUAUCCAGCAACUCAUGGAACUGACCCUCAACCUGAACCUCUUGUGGUCAGCCCCAUUCCAGAUCCUGCUAACCAUCAUCUUCCUUUGGCAAGAACUGGGCCCUUCGGUGUUGGCAGGUGUUGGCGUGCUACUUUUGAUUCUGCCUAUUAAUGCUUUUGUGGCUGCCAGAGUGAAGCAACUCAAGAAAGAUCAGAUGAAGAAUAGUGAUCAACAAGUUAAACUCCUAAGUGAAAUCUUGCAUGGAAUAAAGAUUCUCAAGCUAUACGCAUGGGAGCCUUCAUAUCAGAAAAAGAUUGUGGAAAUUCGGGAACGUGAAAUAGAUGUUUUGAAAUCCUCUGGAUACCUGACAACAUUCUCCAUGCUGACAUUGACUUGUAUACCUUUCCUGGUCUCUCUGGCUACAUUUGGAGCCUAUUUUCUGUUGGACGAAGAAAAUGUUUUAACUGCAGCUAAAGUUUUUACAUCUAUCUCUUUGUUUAAUAUUUUACGACUACCUUUGUUCGAUUUGCCCACAGUGAUUUCAGCAAUAGCUCAGACAAAGGUUUCUUUGGGUCGUUUAGAGGGUUUUCUGUCUUCUGAAGACCUUGACCCUCAAAGCACGAACACAGACUACAGUGGAGAUCAUGCAGUUAAAUUUGUUAAUGCCUCUUUCCACUGGGAGAAGAUUGGAGCUCCGACUUUAAAUAAACUCACCUUAGAGAUUCCAGAGGGUUGCUUGGUUGCUGUUGUGGGCCAAGUUGGAGCAGGAAAAUCCUCUCUGCUUUCUGCCAUUCUUGGGGAAAUGGAAAAAAUGGAAGGAACUGCCCAGAGAAAAGGUUCCGUGGCUUAUGUGUCCCAGCAAGCUUGGAUACAGAAUUCCACGUUGCAAGAAAAUGUUCUCUUUGGCUCCGAACUGAACACACACUAUUACGAAAGGGUUUUGGAGGCCUGUGCUUUGUUGCCAGACUUGGAACAAUUACCAAUUGGGGAUCAAACAGAAAUUGGAGAAAGGGGAGUCAAUAUAAGUGGUGGCCAGAAGCAGAGAGUAAGCCUUGCUAGAGCUGUGUACAGCAAUGCUGAUCUCUACUUGCUGGAUGAUCCCUUGUCUGCUGUGGACAUCCAUGUCGGGAAGCAUCUUUUUGAGAAGGUGAUCGGUUCCUCAGGCUUGUUGAAUAACAAGACACGUAUUUUAGUGACGCACAACCUGACGCUCCUACCCCUGACAGAUGUCAUAGUUGUGAUGGAAGGUGGUAGAAUUAUUGAAAUGGGGAGUUAUAAAGAGCUACUCUCUAGAAAAGCAAACUUUGCUGAGCUUGUUCUAACCUUUGGUGGAGGAAAGGAUAAUGAAGAGAUGCCCUCGAUGUCAAAACCGAAAGGUGACACUAAAAUAAAAGACCAUAUUAUAUCAAAGGAAACACAACCUCUGGAGCAUAAAGAGAAGAGUAUGUUCUCAAUGAAGAAGGAAAAAGUUGCUACUGGUUCGAUGAAAAUGUCAAUUAUUUUGAAAUACCUACAAGCCUUUGGCUGGUCCUGGAUGUGGCUAACUAUAGCAGCUUACCUGGGACAAAAUGCAAUAGCCAUAGGACAAAACCUGUGGCUCAGCACAUGGACAACAGAAGCAAAACAAAUUAAAGACUUCACAGAAUGGAUACACUUAAGAAACCACAAGCUCAGUAUCUAUGGGCUCUUGGGUCUCAUACAGGGUUUCCUGGUUUGCUGUGGUGCCUACGUGCUUACGAGAGGAUCUCUCUGUGCCUCUCGGGCAUUGCACCACCAGAUGUUAGACAGUGUGCUGCACCUUCCACUCCAGUAUUUUGAGACUCAUCCUGUAGGUCAAAUCAUCAACAGAUUCACCAAGGACAUGUUUAUAGUUGACAUACGUUUCCAUUAUUAUCUACGGACCUGGCUGAACUGUACACUGGAUGUUGUUGGAACAAUCCUCGUAAUUGUGUUUGCAUCCCCGCUGUUCAUAUUGGUGGUGGUUCCACUUGGAUACCUAUAUUUCGUCAUUCAACGAUACUAUAUCGCUAGUUCCCGACAAAUCCGACGACUGGCUCAUGUUUCACACACACCUAUAAUUUCACACUUCAGUGAAACGCUGUUAGGCGUUUCUACAGUCAGAGCAUUUGGACAUCAAGAAAGGUUUAUUAAACAAAACAGAGAUGUGAUCAACGAGAACCUGGUUUGCUUCUACAACAAUGUGAUUUCAAACAGAUGGCUGGCUGUCAGACUUGAAUUUCUAGGCAACUUGAUGGUCUUCUUUGCUGCAUUGCUUGCGGUGUUUGCUGGCAGCAACGUGGAUUCUGCUACAGUGGGAUUAUCAAUAUCCUAUGCAUUAAAUAUAACUCAAAGUUUGAAUUUUUGGGUCCGCAAAGCCUGUGAAAUUGAAACCAACGGAAUCUCUAUUGAGAGGGUUUGUGAAUAUGCAAAAAUGGACAAAGAGGCUCCCUGGAUACUAUCCAACCGGCCACUUGUGGGAUGGCCCAAUGAAGGAAUAAUACAGUUUGUCAAUUACCAAGUUCGGUACAGGUCAGAUUUGGGCUUAGCUCUACAGGAUAUAUCAUUUCAAAGCUGCAGGGAAGAGAAGAUUGGGAUCAUUGGAAGAACAGGAGCUGGCAAAUCAACUCUAACAAACUGUUUAUUUAGAAUACUAGAAAGAACCAGAGGCAAAAUUAUCAUAGAUGGCAUUGACAUAUCAACAAUUGGUUUGCAUGAUCUACGUGGCAACCUUAACAUUAUACCACAGGACCCAGUCUUAUUCUCAGGGACGCUGAAGUCCAACUUGGAUCCAUUUGGAAAAUAUUCUGAUCUUGAACUGUGGGAUGCCCUGGAAUUGUGUGACUUGAAGAAUUUUGUACAGUCACUCCCAAAGAAACUUCUACAUGAGAUUUCGGAGGGUGGCGAAAACCUGAGCGUGGGGCAACGGCAGCUUGUUUGCCUUGCUCGUGCUUUGCUGCGGAAGACCAAAGUACUAAUCUUGGACGAAGCGACAGCCUCUGUUGAUAUUGAAACAGAUCAUCUAGUACAGUCCACAAUCCGGAAAGAAUUUCACAACUGCACAGUGCUAACCAUUGCCCACAGGCUGCAUUCCAUAAUGGAUUCUGAUCGGUUGCUUGUUCUUGACUCCGGAAGGAUUGCUGAAUUCGAUACUCCAGAGAGAUUGUUACAACAGAAAGGCAUGUUUUAUGAAAUGGUAUUAGAAGCUGGAAUACAGCAAGAGAUGGACAGCUAACUUACAAACACUGUGUACAUAUUUCCCCCUGAAUUCUGCUAUGAAAAUAGUGUAAAUAUUUGUUUCCUUUUAUAAUGAAGUAUACGAUUUUAAGGAGGGGCAAGUAAUUGACUGAACUGUCAGCAGUAAAUACCUUUAAUACAAGGUGUAUGUGCCUUGACCAAUCAUGCAAGUUGUAUUGGUUAGAAUGAUUGUACUAAAUCUAUAGCACUGGGACGUUCAUGGUAUAUCUUUAGUGAGUCAGAUUAAGAGUUCUGGACCAUCUGCUAUCUUUAACAGGUCUGUAUCGAUUUCAAGUACAUAAUAUAUCUAUAUAUUAUGUACUUGUUAUCAUGAUCGGUCGCCUGUGAGGAAUGUACAAAGUGUUCUAGAAG